AUGUGCUAUCAGUCAUUGGUGGGACCGUCAUGCAUCGAAUGGGGUAAGCACUGCGACGGUGAACGACACUGUGCGAUGGGAGAGGACGAAGUGAACUGUGGUGACACGGAGGAGAAAUACGUGCAGUGUGAGAAUCAGAAGCAAGCGAUUCCGAGGAGUAACUGGUGCGAUGGAGUGUCACACUGUGACGAUGCUAGCGACGAGAAAUAUUGUAAAUAA